AUGCCUCGGUUGUCCUUGCUCACAAUCUUCCCAAGUGUCUUUCAUUCACAUUUAUCAACAUUGUCAGUUGUUUCUGGCCUACUAUUUGAUGAACAACUUGCUUUGUCUCAAGAUAGAGGACUUCAUUCUCGAGUUCAUCGUUCAGCUGAAUUGAACUUUUCAUAUUUUGAAGGGCUUAACACUACUGACUUGACCAAUGUAUCGUAUGAACUAAAAGGGUUUUAUAGUUUAGGUGACAAUCUGGUUUCGAUUAGGGAUCGAAAUUCAUUAGCUACCACAGGAUUGCCAAACAAUGAACACCAUACUGGAGUAUUAUCUAACCAACCCAAUAACACUAUUGUUUCACACAAGUCAGAAGGAAAAAUCUUGUUUGAAGUUGUGACUGCUGCAACAGCGUCCGAGGAAGCUUUUCUCAAUCGUUCUUCUGUUUUGUUUGUGGCUGUUUCGUUCAUUCUUCUUAUGGUGAUCAGUUUAGCAUGGCUCGUAUUCUAUUAUGUUCAGCGGUUCCGGUACCUACACAGCAAGGAACGAGUUUCCAGAAGGCUUACGGAAUUGGCAAAAAAAGCUGUUGCACGUAUACCUAUCAAAACCCUGCAUCCUGGAGAUUGGGAAAUAACUUCGAACUGUGAACAGUGUGCAAUAUGUAUCGAACCUUUUAAAGCAAUGGAUAAUAUUCGCAUUCUUCCUUGUCGACAUUACUUUCACAAACUUUGUAUUGAUCCUUGGCUUCUGGAACAACGUAGUUGUCCCAUGUGCAAACUGGAUAUUUUACAAGCAUAUGGUUUUCGCGCAGAGUUGUUUUGUAGUUAUACAAACUUGGAAACCUUAUCUAAUCAAGUACUUUCUACCUCUGGUCCAACUUUAUCCAUACCUUCAGUUUGUUCAACUUUCUCUAAUCUUGUAACGGGUAACUUUUCCAACCCACGAACGAGUAAUGAUGUUUCUGUGAUAGAAAGUCUUUCGUUGAUUACUAGUCAACCACAAAUGAUGAGUAACCUACUGACAGUCGCACAUGGAUCUCCAUUGACUUAUGUCGUACUGACUGGUACUAAUGGUUUUGCUAAUGCUACCGAUUCGAUAAUAAUUCAUGCUCAGUCGUUCCCUAAAACGAAUGAACAGUCGAAUAUUGAAAAUCCAGUUUCAGCUCCACUCAUUCAAAAUGAUGACAUAACUCUACCAAAUCAUAGUAUGACAAACAGUAUUACCAUCCCAUUGUUAUCAAAUUUACCUCUUCCCCCAAAGCAGUUGGCUAGUUCAUCUGUGUGGAGCACAAAUCUGUUGCCAGUAUGUGUAGUUACAUCUGUUAGUACAUCUGAGUCAUGUCAACCUAGAGCGCUUAUGGUCUGCGAAUCAUUCCUUGGUAAUAUAUUUCACCAAACAUGUUCUGUUGUAACCGCAACGGUUGGUUCACUAACUGGUCAUUCAGUAUCCAUGUCUAAUAAUAAUAAAGAGGCAACAACUUCGACCACUCAAUCGUUAAUAGGUCCAUUAUGCUCAACGACCCAUGAUUCGGAGAUUUUAUCAAUACAUCAAAUGAAUUUUAUUUACACUAACUGUCCAGGACAUUUAACAUCACGGACAAAUCUGUCUGUAGAACAAUCACAGGCAACUUGUCCCACCAAUAAUCCAGUUAAUUUAAAUUCGUCACAAUAUCCAGUGAAUCAGCGUAAUUUGCGUAUAAUAAAUUUUAAAAAUAUAUUUCAUCCUGAUAAACCUCUCAAUAGUAACAUUCCUCCUAGAAAUGAUCAAUCGUCUGUGAAUGCAUUUCGUAAUUGGUUUACUCGUCACUGGUGUAAUACAUUUUAUUCACAGUCUAACAAUAAUAAACGAAUUAAUCGUUUUUCAUACGGUUCUCCUUCAUAUUAUACAAUUAACUCUACAUCUUCAAACAGUCCGAUUGUCCAUACAGAUGAAUUUGAUCAAUGUAAGUCAAAUUUAAUUAAUUCCAAACAACAAUCACCAAGUACAUCAAGUACUAAGGAAUGUUUUAUAACUGCUGUUGUUGAAGAUGUACCAUCAGAGACAGAUCAGUCUACAAUUAUUCAUUCUACAAAUUCUGCAUCUAAUAGUUUCAGUCUACAUGGUACAACAUUGAAUUAG